AUGCACAGGUCCAAGCCUUCCUGCUGGACUCUCACGGUGUCAUGAACAGCAGCAGUCAGUGUCCGUGGCUGCAGCAGUCCUCCACCUUGUUCAUCCAGAGCGGCACCCAGCUCCUGAGCAGGUUCCUGCAGCACACAGCAGCCUGGGCCGACACCAGCGUGGUGCGGGCCAGCUUCAGCCAUCCCACUCACAACCAAGCUGGACAGAAACACGAUGAGCUGUGGCCCCUCCACUCAGGAAGCAGCAGUAACGAGCUGUCGGGCUCAGGUGAGGCCCAAGCAGAGGCCUCAGGUUGGGGGACCAGGCUGCAGGUGGCGCUGGUCAACACGGUGACGUUCAGGGGUGUGUGGCAGAAACAGUUUGUGUUCACCAACACACAGAACCUGCCCUUCACCCUCUCUGAUGGCAGCACCAUCAAGGUGCCCAUGAUGUAUCAGGCAGCAGACGUCAACUUCGGUCAGUUCAGAAUGGCCUCUGAGCAGCGCUACACUGUGCUCGAGCUGCCCUACCUGGGUGGUUCUCUGAGUCUGCAGGUGGUCCUGCCCAGCGACAGGAAGACCUCCCUGUCCUUCCUCGAGUCCCAGCUCACUGCACGUCACCUGGCUGCCUGGACCACGGGCCUGCGCAGGACCAAGAUGGACAUUUUCCUACCCAGGUUCAGACUGCAGAACAAGGUCAACCUGAGGUCAGCACUCGCUGCCAUGGGCAUCAGUGAUGCUUUUAACCCCACAGCCGCAGACUUCACCGGAAUAUCAGAGGAGGAGGGYCUUUAUGUGUCGGAUGCCUUUCAUGAAGUGAACAUAGAGGUCACAGAGGAUGGGACAAAAGCAGCUGCUGCAACUGCUAUGGUGCUACUCAAACGAUCCCGUGCUCCUGUUUUUAAGGCGGACCGGCCCUUCUUAUUUCUGCUGCGACAGGUUAACACAGGU